AUGUCUAGUAGGCCUAUGAUUAUGGUUCUGGUGAUGCUUUGCAUCGGGACCGCUGUGAACUGUAUGCCGAAACGGAAUGGGAAAAGCAGGCGGCAGGCUCAUCAGGGAGAAACCAAAAUACCUUCGGUGUCAUCCGUCUCUCAAGGUGAGUUUUCAUACUUUUUGGCUACAUAAUUGUAGGCUGAUUUUGUUUGUAAAACUUUUAUUUUAUUAUUUGUAAAACGUUUGCAGUCUAUUAUAGAAGAGUAUCUCACGUUUAUUAUUGUAGGCAUAUUAUUUAGCCAUUUAGUCUAUUGUAAUGGGUAAACGUGGAUUGUGUCAAUCCCUAAAAAUAUGUCUACUUGGAAGUGUAACAAAUUGUUCAUUGACUUUCCUUCCCCAGACGGCUGCAUUGAUAAUGGCCAGAUGUAUAACAUUAACGACCAAUGGGAGCGUUCCUAUCUGGGCACUAUGUUGGUCUGCACUUGUCACGGAGUUGCAGGAAUUAAGUGUAAAACGAAACCAGAAGGUGAAGUUGCGUUUCUACGUCUUUAAAUGUGUAUAACCUACAUGGUCAAUGCAAGUCUUGUCUCUCACCAUUUGUGUCAAUGUCAGUUAACUUCUGUAAAAUAAUUAUUGCAAUGAACGAAGUUCAAAUAAGUUUUCUCUCAGGCUACCUCUGUCCGUAACUCGUAUAGGCUGUGCGUCAUCAGUAUAGAUAGCGUAACUACUCUUGACUCUAUUGCCAUAUCAUCUACAUGUUCAUCUGCUCUCUGUUUCUGUGUGCCUGACGAAACACAUCACAUACCCCAAAUCUGUUCCACAGCUGAGGAGACCUGCUAUGAUAAGAUCAACGCCAGGUCUUAUCAGGUUGGUGAGACGUAUGAGCGACCCAAAGAGGGCAUGAUCUGGGACUGUACAUGCAUUGGCUCUGGCCGGGGGAAAAUCAGCUGCACCAUUGCCAGUGAGUGGGCUCGUGUGUGUGUGUGUGUGUGUGUGUGUGCCAGUGAGUGGGCUCAUUAAUCUCAUUAAAUCUCCAUAACACAUGGAGACCUCACAGUAUGUGGUACGGUCUGUGCAGCUGUGUGUGUGUGUGUAUGUUGCUGACUGUGUGUGUGUGUGUGUGUGUGUGUUGCUGACUGUGUGUGUGUGUGUUGCUGACUGUGUGUGUGUUGCUGACUGUGUGUGUGUGUGUGUGUGUGUGUGUUGCUGACUGUGUGUGUGUUGCUGACUGUGUGUGUGUUGCUGACUGUGUGUGUGUGUGUGUGUGUGAGUUGCUGACUGUGUGUGUGUUGCUGACUGUGUGUGUUGCUGACUGUGUGUGUGUGUGUUGCUGACUGUGUGUGUGUAUGUUGCUGACUGUGUGUGUGUGUGUGUGUUGCUGACUGUGUGUGUAUGUUGCUGACUGUGUGUGUGUGUGUGUUGCUGACUGUAUGUGUGUGUGUGUUGCUGACUGUGUGUGUGUGUGUUGCUGACUGUGUGUGUGUGUGUGUUGCUGACUGUGUGUGUGUUGCUGACUGUGUGUGUGUGUGUUGCUGACUGUGUGUGUGUGUGUGUGUGUUGCUGACUGUGUGUGUGUGUGUGUGUGUGUGUUGCUGACUGUGUGUGUGUGUGUGUUGCUGACUGUGUGUGUGUGUGUGUGUGUGUUGCUGACUGUGUGUGUGUGUGUGUUGCUGACUGUGUGUGUGUGUGUGUGUUGCUGACUGUGUGUGUGUGUGUGUGUGUGUGUGUGUUUGACUUUGUGUGUUGUCUCUGACUGUGUCUGUCUGACUGUGUGUGUGUGUGUUGCUGACUGUGUGUGUGCGCGUGUGUCUGUCUGCCUGACUGUGCUUAAGUGUCUAACUGUCUUUCUAUGUCCCAGACCGCUGCCAUGAGGGUGGUCAGUCCUAUAAGAUUGGGGACACGUGGAGGAGACCCCAUGACACUGAGAGCUACAUGCUGGAGUGUGUCUGUCUGGGCAACGGCAAGGGAGAGUGGACCUGCAAACCUGUUGGUGAGCAUUGGGAAGGACUCUUUUAUUAGAGCGCACUGUAGCAAAACUUAGUACAACAUUUUGCAACGUAAGAUAGAAACAAGCGUUUAUUGGACGAGUAUAGAGAGUACCUUCCGGUUUCGGCCCGUUUGCUUCCGUUUCGUGUCUAGUGAAUACGACCCCGGAACUGGAGUAUAGCUGUCAAAACAAACACGGCAUCAUAACCCCUCCCUCUCGCUCUGUCUGCAGCGGAGCGUUGCUAUGACAACACAGCGGGGACGUCCUACGUGGUGGGAGAAACCUGGGAGAAACCGUACCAGGGCUGGAUGAUCGUAGACUGCACCUGUCUAGGAGAGGGGAGUGGCAGGAUCACCUGUACCUCUAGAAGUAAGACACCAACACACACACACACACACACACACACACACACACACACACACACCAGCUGGAUCCCAUUUUAAUUAGCCUCUACAGACCGUUGCAGCUUCAACCCGGUGUGUGUGUGUGUGUGAGAGAGGGAGAGUGAGGGUAUGGGAAUAGUUCAGUUCUGCUUAAUAAAGGGAAAACAUUAGCUUAACUUGGUGAAGAAGAGUGUCAAUUGUCUGUGGUGGAAAUGUAUAAAUGUGGCAGUUCCAUUUUUAAGUGAUUUUACAUAUCCUUAAUUUAAAACCCAAUGCAAAUAUAUAACAUUUUAAAACGUGUCAGAUAGUAUACCACUGCUUGCCUAUUAGCCUGUUAUUGGAACUGAACUGGGUUGUAUUCAUUAGGGCAAAAUGUAGCAAAAUACUUUUCAACAGAACUAAAAUCAGCAUCUUAUUGGACAAUUCCAGGCAGUCACUCCCUGUUUCAGUGUGUUUUCUUCCGUUCGGUGCCCUAAUGAACAUGACCUUGUUAAAGUGCUUCUGAACUGUGGAACAACAUCUCCUUUUCCCCCUAUCAGACCGGUGUAACGACCAGGACACACUGACGUCCUAUCGUAUCGGAGACACCUGGAGCAAGACGGACGCCCGAGGUCACAUGCUGCAGUGUCUGUGUACGGGGAACGGGCGCGGGGAGUGGAAGUGUGAGAGACACGCAUCCCUCCAUACCACCGGCCUGGGUGAGACUGUGUGUGUGUGUGUGUGUGUGUGUGUGUGUGUGUGUGUGUUUGCGUGUGUGUGAGUGUUAAAUAUAUAAAGUGUGAGAGACAGAUGGGUGAGAUCUUCACUGCUUUUCCUCAUCCUUCCCCAGAUAGCCUGUGGUUGAACUGCAUUGUAAUUACAUACCUCUACCGGCAUUAAAAGUGACAGAUUCUCUUUUGGGAUUUUUCCCGGACACAGGAUAUCAAUUGAACAUGCUUUUUAGUAUAGGACAGGGCUUAAUCUGUAUCUGGGAAACUUUCCCGUAAACUAUUAAAAGCAAAUGAGCAUUUCUACUGACUGGAAGCAUGUUUCCUUUUCCCAUUUGUUGUGUGCUGCAGUCUGGGGGAACAUUAAAAAAACGUACACAUUCUCUUUUUCUAGAUCUCUCUUUUUUUGACUUUCAAAGUGUGCACUACAAAUGAGUUAACCCAAAUCUAGUGGUGUACAUUUUUACAAAAAUGUCACUGACUGAAGGCAUUUUUUUCCUUUCCCAUCCAUUUCCAGGCACUGGGUCCCGUGUGAUCACCAACAUCCAGCCGGCUGUGUACCACCCCCAUCCCCAGCCAGGCCAGGAGCCUCCGCCCGGCCUAGCCCUGGAGGGGGCCUGCCAGACGGACGCGGGGGUGGCCUACGCCCUGGGGAUGAGAUGGAUCAAGACCCAGGGCAGCAAACAGAUGCUGUGUACCUGCCUGGGAAACGGGGUCAGCUGUGAGGAGUGGGGUACGUGCUCUUAGUCUUAUUCAUGUAAUAAUAGUAAUAAUAAUAAUAAUAAUAUGCCAUUUAGCAGACGCUUUUAUCCAAAGCGACUUACAGUCAUGCAUGCAUACAUUUUUGUGUAUGGGUGGUCCCGGGGGAUCGAACCCACUACCUUGGCGUUAAAAGCGCCGUGCUCUACCAGCUGAGCUACAGAGGACCACAUGUCAAUUCAUGCCUGCAUUUAAUGGUUUAAUUUGGAUCCACGCACCACUAGUUCUGAACACGGUGGUUUUAGUAACCUCUGAAAGGGAAUUAUUCAUGCCAGGCCAUUAUUUUUUAAAGCUAUUGAGUAAGAUUACCGAGUGGCGCAGUGGUCUAAGGCACUGCGUCGCAGUGCUAGCUGUGCCACUAGAGAUCCUGGUUCGAAUCCAGGCUCUGUCGUAGCCGGCUGCGACCGGGAGACCCAUGGGGCGGCGCACAAUUGGCCCAGCGUAGGGGAGGGAAUGGCCGGCAGGGAUGUAGCUCAGUUGGUAGAACAUGGCAUUUGUAACGCCAGGGUUGUGGGUUCGAUUCCCACGGGGGGCCAGUUUGAAAAAUAAUUUAUGCACCCACUAACUGUAAGUCGCUCUGGAUAAGAGCGUCUGCUAAAUGACGUAAAUGUAAUUUCCAAUUUUGUUCAGUACACAUGGCAAAUAAACUAGAAAGUUGAUCUUGAAACUAUGGCAAUGUCUCUGACACACUAACUACAUGUAUAUAGUUUACUGGUUCAAGUUGAUUUGAAACAAUGAAUGCAUUGGAAAUCUUACUCCACAAAGCUCUAACAAUAAAAACUGUCAACUUGCAUCAGUCAGCAAUCUUUCUGACUUCUGUUCUGGUUCUAUGUGUUUUGUGUUCAGAGGGCCCAGCCCCAGUGUACGGGGGAAACUCCAACGGUCAGCCCUGUGUGUUCCCCUUCACCUACAUGGGGAAGACCUACCACUCCUGUACCUCAGAGGGACGCCCUGACGGGCAGCUGUGGUGCUGCAUCUCCUCCGACUGCGAGACAGAACAGAAAUACUCCUUCUGUACCAAGAAGAACGGUGAGAUUUUGUUAAAUAUUCAAUUUACAGCUUUUUUUAUUUAUUUGAGACAAGAGGUAGGUGGAAAGGAGCAGGGAGACAGAGAGAGAGGGAGGGAUGGAUGGGUGGAGAGAGCAGGGAGAUGGAGAGGGAGGGAUGGAUGGGUGGAGAGAGAGAGCAGGGAGACAGAGAGGGAGGGAUGGAUGGAUAGAGAGAGCAGGGAGAUGGAGAGGGAGGGAUGGAUGGGUGGAGAGAGAGAGAGAUCAGAAGUACGCCUUCUGAAUCUAAAAGAAUGGUGAUCUCUUGGAUGCAGGCAACACGAGUAGAGCAAGCGUUUUGGCUGAUGGGCCAUCAUCCGUGGGAGCUCGACACAAGCAUGUGUUGAGAAUGGUGAUCUCAACCUGAGCGUUAUCCAGCAGAGUCUCUAGAAUUCUAGCCAGCCAACAUCGUUAACAUCUGGCUUCUAUUAGAGUGGGAGAAUGGGACUUAGUAUCCAAGUUUUUUUUAGGGUAGUGACUUUACUGAUUGGCUGCGUUCCAAAUGACACCCUAUUCACUUUGUAGUGCACUACUUUGGACUAGAGCACUAUCUAGGGAAUAGGAGCCAUCUGUGAAACGCACUCAUUUGGGACUGUGUCUGUUGUGUUUGCAGUGAUGGUGACAACCAGGGGAGGAAACUCUAACGGUGCCCUGUGUCAGUUCCCCUUCCUCUACAACGGGAGAAACUACACAGACUGUACCGCCGACGGGCGCAGGGACGGCAUGAAGUGGUGCGGCACCACCACCAACUAUGACGGAGAACAGAGGUUUGGCUUCUGCCCCAUGGCUGGUGAGUUCUGUGGUCCCAUUCUCAGUUCUAUUGCCCCAUUCUGAGUUAUCUUGCCCCAUGGCAGGUGAGAUUUGAUGCCCCAUGGCUGGUGAGUUCUGUGGUCCCAUUAUGAGUUCUAUUGUCCCAUUCUGAGUUCUCUUGCCCCAUGGCAGGUGAGAUUUGAUGCCCCAUGGCUGGUGAGUUCUGUGGUCCCAUUCUCAGUUCUAUUGCCCCAUUCUGAGUUCUCUUGCCCCAUGGCAGGUGAGAUUUGAUGCCCCAUGGCUGGUGAGUUCUGUGGUCCCAUUCUGAGUUCUAUUGUCCCAUUCUGAGUUCUCUUGCCCCAUGGCAGGUGAGAUUUGAUGCCCCAUGGCUGGUGAGUUCUGUGGUCCCAUUCUCAGUUCUAUUGCCCCAUUCUGAGUUCUCUUGCCCCAUGGCAGGUGAGAUUUGAUGCCCCAUGGCUGGUGAGUUCUGUUGCCCCAUUCUGAGUUCUAUUGCCCCAUUCUGAGUUCUCUUGCCCCAUGGCAGGUGAGAUUUGAUGCCCCAUGGCUGGUGAGUUCUGUUGCCCCAUUCUGAGUUCUAUUGCCAGACACAUGCACGCAAUGAUCGUACGAAAGCAGCCAGUGGCCGUCCUAUCACCUGUAGUCCCUGCAUUGUGACAAUCCAGUCAGAUGUAGUCAGUGGUAAUCUCUGCUGUUAAUGGGCGUUGGACCAGUAACCGAAAGUUCGUUGGUUCCAAUUCCCGAGAUGACUAGGUGAAAAAUCUGUCGAUGUGCCCUUGGGCAAGGCACUUAACCGACGCGUCAAUUAACUUAAGGUGGAGUGGUGGGAACCACAGGGGUCUUUUGAUUUACAUUAGAUGCUCGCUAAGUGCCUUUAAAUCAAGUCGGUGUUUAAAAUGCCAUCUGUUGGCUCGGAACACAAAAGGGUUAAAGACUGCCUUUAAACAAACACGUUUUGAAAUGCUAAUGAUAUGUCUGAGGCCAUUGGAGUAGUGUGGGAUCUCUACUCUGCUUCUCUGCUCUCCCUCUUUAUCAUGGUCUCAAUCUGUCUUCUAUUUGUUCUUUGGGAUUUUUACACAAUCAGUCAAUCUCUGUUUGGCUGAAUGGGGCAGUGGUAAAAUUCACACGCCUGUCGAAAGCACUGACCAGUUAUUGAGUUUAAGUGCAGUGUUUAAAGGUCAUUAGGCGAAUGGGUAAAUUACCAUGAGAAAGGACACUGAUUUGCCUGUAAAGAGUUCAUGGUGAUUGUUAUCACUGUUUUUAGCCUCCCAGCUGGGCUGAAGGGGCCCAGGCAGACCUAGCGGAGACCCAGAGCCCAUAGCCUGGGCUCCCACACCAGAGCCAGAGAUCCAGGCCUAGAGCCCAGACCACCAGAACCAGAGUAAUGAAACCCGACCCAGAGCCCAGAGGCGGGCCAGGGAGAGGGAGAGACUCCCAGGGCCCAGAGGCAGGCCAGGGAGAGGGAGAGACUCCCAGAGGCCACCGUGUGUCUUCCUGACAGAGACUAGAGGGAGAGACUCCUUUCACCGCCUGUCUGGUCUCCAGGGCAGCCAGCUGCAAUAAGCCUCUUCAACACCUCCACAGUCCACACUGCCCCCCCCCCCCCCCCCCCCCAUCUCUGCCGUCACCUCUCCACACAGACAGACCUCCUAUCUGUAUCUCGGUUUAUUUAAACCACUCAUCUCCUUUUAAUUAGGAAGACAGCCCCCACAGAGACCCAUAUGUGUAUAAAACCCCUCAGAGGGUUAUGUUAUGAACAUCUGUUUAUGACGUUCAGCCUUUGCAAGUUUCAUUUGACCUAGUGCUCCAGGUGCACUGUAUGGCUGACAAAAAUUCUGUAUGUUCUAACAUUCUAGAAGUUCUAACAUUCUAGAAGUUCUAACAUUCUAGAAGUUCUAACAUUCUAGAAGUUCUAACAUUCUAGAAGUUCUAACAUUCUAAAAGUUUAAACAUUCAAAGUUCUAACGUUUUAAAUUCUAAGUUCUCUGUCCUCUCAGCUCACGAGGAGGUGUGUACGACCAGCGAGGGCGUGAUGUACCGCGUGGGAGACCAGUGGGACAAACGCCACGACGUCCUGGGACACAUGAUGCGCUGCACCUGCGUUGGGAACGGCCGCGGAGAGUGGAGCUGUAUCGCUUAUUCCCAGCUCAAAGGUAAUAAAAAUAGGAUUUUUUAUAGCGCUUUUCUAAAACGCUUAAUAGUAGGUGAGAGGUCAUACAUGCCACAUAGAAAGUGUCAGCACUGUGGUGAUGUACAGCCGGUCAGAAUCGUUUUCCUACCCCUUCAACCUAACACUUUGAUGUUCUCAGAUCUGUAAGGUAGAUGCAAUAUGGUGGAAGCGGUGAAGAGAGAAUUGGGACCAGCUGUUUUUUUUUUUUACCUUGAAUGUGUUUCCUUCCUGUCAUAGAUCAGUGUAUUGUGGACGGGUUGACCUAUGAGGUGAACCAGACCUUUACUAAGCUUCAUGAAGAGGGCUACAUGAUGAACUGUACCUGCUUCGGACAGGGCCGUGGGCGCUGGAAGUGUGACGCCAUUGGUGAGUUUAUAGUUCAUACAAACCUAGCAUUUUAUGGACCAAGCUAUUCAUUUGUAGUGGUAUUAAUAAUUUGAGGUACUGUGCUUGACUAGCCUGGGCCCAUAUCUGUUUGUGCUGUCUUACCAACUCCUCUGGUCAUUGUCACGCCAAUACACCACAAACAGAACCCCCUAUGGGCCCUGGUCUAAAGUAGUGCACUAGAUAGGGAACUGGUCUAAAGUAGUGCACUAGAUAGGGAACUGGUCUAAAGUAGUGCACUAGAUAGGGAACUGGUCUAAAGUAGUGCACUAGAUAGGGAACUGGUCUAAAGUAGUGCACUAGAUAGGGAACUGGUCUAAAGUAGUGCACUAUAUAGGGAACUGGUCUAAAGUAGUGCACUAGAUAGGGAACUGGUCUAAAGUAGUGCACUAUAUAGGGAACUGGUCUAAAGUAGUGCACUAGAUAGGGAACUGGUCUAAAGUAGUGCACUAUAUAGGGAACUGGUCUAAAGUAGUGCACUAGAUAGGGAACUGGUCUAAAGUAGUGCACUAUAUAGGGAACUGGUGUAAAGUAGUGCACUAGAUAGGGAACUGGUCUAAAGUAGUGCACUAUAUAGGGUGUAAUGUUGGACAGAGCCUAAAUCUCACUGUUUUAAUAUCUGUUCUCAGACCAGUGCCAGGAGCCAGAGACCAGGGUGUUCUAUCAGAUCGGCCAAUCAUGGGACAAGCUGAUCCACGGCGUCAUGUACAAGUGUUAUUGCUAUGGCAACGGUAUCGGAGAGCUCAGCUGCGAGCCCCAACAGUCUUUCCCAGGUAAGAACACAACCUCACCAAGCCCUAUAGUGGUCACAAUACUACACUAUACUAUUGGAAAAUGUUCUGUGGGGGGUACGUUCAACCGUCUUUCCCCCUGGUAAUAACUAAUAUCACUAGCUAGGCAUGGUCACUACCGUUGAGUGGAAAAAAGCGAAUUUUAGUUGAUUAAACAACUUAAUAGACCAACGCGCAGUUUCUCUAGAGAGAAAUCAAAAUCGUUCAUGAGAUAAAUUAAGUCGAGAACUAUGUGGGACACUGGGCUGAAGGGAGUUGUAGUUUUCAUUAGGCAAAUAUUCAACCUAGUUCAGCGCAGAAACGUGGUAAUUAACUACAAUGACCAUAAUCCACCACGCCUGUUCUUCCCAGCUCAGACAGACGGAUAGAGGAAUGUUCACCACACAAUGACGACGGAUAGAGAGAGUUUGUGAGGUAGGGCUACCCGAGUGAUAGUUGUAGUAGUCGUUGGUCAUAAGCAGUCUUGAAAGUAUAGCUUUAUGUACUUUGAAGAACUAGUAAAAUGAUUUUGUCAGACAGCUCUGCAGUGUAGCAUAAUUAGGCAGCCACUAGCUAGCCAUCUAGCUACUAACAGUAGCCUAGCUAAAUAGGAUGACUCAAAGACAGUACGGUAUGGGUCGCACAGAGAUAACGUUUAGCUGGCUGGCUGGCUGGCUGGUUGGCUGGCUGGCUGGCUGCUACUGCCUGAGCAGAGAUGAGAUGAUGACUGAAUGAAAAAUAAUUGUAAUCAAAUAAAAACGAAGGAAUAUAGACAACUGAAAUAUUUUCUUUUAUAGAAGUUUCCUGUUUUUCUAUUGAUGUCUACCCAAUGUGGACCUGACAGAGACCAUGGAAUGUUUUCAAUGUUUUGGCUAUUAUUUUUAUGUCAUUAUUUCAUCAUGCAUAUAAUGUUUAAACAAAUAUAGAAAUCGAAACGUGAUAAUUUUGUAAUAACCCGAACCGACCUCAAAAAACACGAAUGGCUCAGCACUAGUGGUCACAAGACGAUGCUGUUGGUGGGGUUUGUUUUCUGUUGAAAUGUGUUGUGUUACAACAAUAUUACUUCACUGUGGUAGGCUGGGGGAGGAGGAGGCACUGGCUCCACUAGGAGAUGAAGGCAAUACUCUGUGGUAAGGCCUACGGGCUGGAUGCAAUACUCUGUGGUAAGGCCUACGGGGUGGAUGCAAUACUCUGUGGUAAGGCCUACGGGCUGGAUGCAAUACUCUGUGGUAAGGCCUACGGGCUGGAUGCAAUACUCUGUGGUAAGGCCUACGGGCUGGAUGCAAUACUCUGUGGUAAGGCCUACGGGGUGGAUGCAAUACUCUGUGGUAAGGCCUACGGGGUGGAUGCAAUACUCUGUGGUAAGGCCUACGGGGUGGAUGCAAUACUCUGUGGUAAGGCCUACGGGCUGGAUGCAAUACUCUGUGGUAAGGCCUACGGGGUGGAUGCAAUACUCUGUGGUAAGGCCUACGGGCUGGAUGCAAUACUCUGGUAAGGCCUACGGGGUGGAUGCAAUACUCUGUGGUAAGGCCUACGGGCUGGAUGCAAUACUCUGUGGUAAGGCCUACGGGCUGGAUGCAAUACUCUGUGGUAAGGCCUACGGGCUGGAUGCAAUACUCUGUGGUAAGGCCUACGGGGUGGAUGCAAUACUCUGUGGUAAGGCCUACGGGGUGGAUGCAAUACUCUGUGGUAAGGCCUACGGGCUGGAUGCAAUACUCUGUGGUAAGGCCUACGGGGUGGAUGCAAUACUCUGUGGUAAGGCCUACGGGCUGGAUGCAAUACUCUGUGGUAAGGCCUACGGGCUGGAUGCAAUACUCUGUGGUAAGGCCUACGGGCUGGAUGCAAUACUCUGUGUACCCUCCAUGGUAAAAGCCUACGGGGUGAACAAUGUUUUCUUUUUAGAUACUCCUUCCUGGAACGUCUGUUCUCCAGGGUGAAGUUUCCCCUACAAACAGAUCUAGGUUCAGCUUCCCCUCCCCCAACCACAUCCUCAACCGUUAGUGGGGAAAAUGCAAAACUGACCGAAGAUCAGCAUCUAGAGGCACAUUUACCCUACACCAAUAUCUGUUUCUGCCUUUGUGUUACUCUUCCUCCUGUGCGACGCCAGGGUUGGGGGUUCGAUUCCCACGGGGGGCCAGUAUGAAAAAUGUAUGCACUCACUAGCUGUAAGUCGCUCUGGAUAAGAGCGUCUGCUAAAUGACUAAAUUGUAAUCUCUGAUCUGUGCUUUCUCUCCACAACGCCCCCUCACGCUCUUUUUAAUUUAGCAGAAAACCAACAAUCUAAUUAAACUAGCCUGCUCCAGAGUCGUUAAAUCUGUCCCCCCCCCCCCCCCCCCCCCCCCCGUUUGUUUGGGACUUGACUUUGAAGUGGAGGGCAGAGAGGGGGAGGCUCUCACACGUUGGUAAAUAUCCACCACCUCCUCCUUUUUUCUUAGGUCUUUGUUGUUAGUUGGUGUAUGUUGUUGAGGUGUUGGAGGAGGUGGUGGAUAUUUACCCAACGUGUGAGAGCCUCCCCCUCUCUGCCCUCCACUUCAAAGUCAAGUUGUAAACAAAGUCCCAAACAAACGGUGGGGGGGGGGGGGGACAGAUUUAACGACUCUGGAGCAGGGUAGUUUAAUUAUAUUGUUGGUUUUCUGCUAAAUUAAAAGAGCGUGAGGGGGCGUUGUGGAGAGAAAGCACAGAUCAGAGAUGCAGCGAGUGUUCCCUGUGACACAGGAGGAAGAGUAACAGCGGAGGGCAGAGAGGGGGAGGCUUCCUCCUCCUCAGUCUUUGUUGUUAGUUGACAUGUGGUGUUACCAGAGGUAAGUGGAGGAGAGAGGGGUAGGCUGGAGGCUGGAGGCUCACACACAUUGUUGUAUCCUCUGUCUCUCUGUAGAGGUGCUCAGACAGGGUUUGUACCAUCAUCAAAAUCCUGGAAAAGUCAUGGAAUUUUUUUAUGGUGUUUUUUAAGGCCUGGAAAAGUUUAGGAAAAGUCAUGAAAAAUGAUUUAAUAAUUUCUGUUAAUGUAAUUUAUUUAGGCACAGUUUUUAAAUAUUUUAUAAAUCAAAUCAAAAUCAAAAUAUCAGCCAGGAUCGGAAUGACAGUAGCGAGUCUGUGUUUGCACGCUUCACCUGCGUAGUGCGAGUGUAGAGAGAGACUGCAGCAGGUAGGCCUAGCCUAUAAAAUAUGAUCUAGAACAGAUUAACUAGGUAGACAAUUCAAAACAUAUCUUGUACCCUCUAGUUAACUGUUUUUAGUGAUUAUUAGCAUGUAUUCAUGAUUUCCUUGCGAAAAAGGUCAUACAAAGUGUAUUUCCUUUUUUGAACUUCAUAUGAUUUGUUUAAACAAUUCUUCUUGACAAAAUGAACGAUUCACUUCACCAUUGCAUUAGUUGGGAUUCGGUUCAGUCGCAGUGAAUCGAAUCAUGUGAAUCAAAAUAAUUUGUGAAUCGUCAACAUUCGUUAUAGGAACAAAUAUUAGAUGUAGCCUUUCUUUUGGAUUAUAUGGCUUCAAAACUUGUUUUGUUGAUACUUCCAGUUGAUAUGGGACUCCAAUGUAUGGGACUCCAAUGUAUGGGACUCCAAUCGUUGGGACUCCUUUGUAUGGGACUCCUUUGUAUGGGACUCCAAUCGUUGGGACUCCAAUCGUUGGGACUCCAAUCGUUGGGACUCCUUUGUAUGGGACUCCAAUCGUUGGGACUCCAAUCGUUGGGACUCCAAUCGUUGGGACUCCAAUCGUUGGGACUCCUUUGUAUGGGACUCCAAUCGUUGGGACUCCAAUCGUUGGGACUCCUUUGUAUGGGACUCCUAUGUAUGGGACUCCUAUGUAUGGGACUCCUAUGUAUGGGACUCCUAUGUAUGGGACUCCUUUGUAUGGGACUCCUUUCUAUGGGACUCCUAUGUAUGGGACUCCUAUGUAUGGGACUCCUAUGUAUGGGACUCCUUUGUAUGGGACUCCAAUCGUUGGGACUCCAAUCGUGGGACUCCAACUCGUUGGGACUCCUUUCUAUGGGACUCCUAUGUAUGGGACUCCAAUGUAUGGGACUCCUAUGUAUGGGACUCCUAUGUAUGGGACAUUGUAACUAAAUAGAUGGUAGUCAGCCUGCAAAGUAAACAUUUCUAAGGUAGCUAAGAUAAAUAUGACUAAACUAAAAAAAAGUCAAUUUCCUAGAAAAUGUGUGGGCUACCAUAGCCAUUUGAUCUUUGAUAUAUUGAGUGAGCGAAUUAUUUCAAAAGGCAUAAAACUUAUUUGGUUGUAAAGUUGCAAUGUUUUACAUCAAGUUUGGUCAACCAUCCUCCAGGAGAGCUAAUGGGUGGUCAACCAUCAUCCAGGAGAGCUAAUGGGUGGUCAGCCAUCCUCCAGGAGAGCUAAUGGGUGGUCAGCCAUCCUCCAGGAGAGCUAAUGGGUGGUCAGCCAUCCUCCAGGAGAGCUAAUGGGUGGUCAACCAUCCUCCAGGAGAGCUAAUGGGUGGUCAACCAUCAUCCAGGAGAGCUAAUGGGUGGUCAGCCAUCCUCCAGGAGAGCUAAUGGGUGGUCAACCAUCCUCCAGGAGAGCUAAUGGGUGGUCAACCAUCCUCCAGGAGAGCUAAUGGGUGGUCAACCAUCAUCCAGGAGAGCUAAUGGGUGGUCAACCAUCCUCCAGGAGAGCUAAUGGGUGGUCAACCAUCAUCCAGGAGAGCUAAUGGGUGGUCAACCAUCAUCCAGGAGAGCUAAUGGGGUGUGCACUGUGCAGGGUUUUAUUCCAUUCCCCUUGCAACAAACCAUAUUUUAGAAAUGAGCUGCUCAACCAGACCUUGAUAAACUGGCCCUGAUGUGUUUGAGCAGGGCUGGAUCAAAAUCCUGCACACCCAGCAGCUCUCCUGACUGAGGGUUGACCACGUGUUUUAUACAGUUGCCUAAAAGGUAUUUUACUUUGUGGGGGGUUAAGUGCAUUGCUCAACGAGUAUCUAUCGACAGGAGAUGGUAAAUGGGAUCAGAGAGCAGCCUCCCAGUGUCGAUACCACAUUACGCAUACUUUUUUUAUACAUACAUAGAGACGCCGCCAAUUGUUGGUCAUGGAAAUUUGGUUAAAAGUCAUGGAAAAGUCAUGAAAUUCCAUCUGUCAAAAUGUAAAUGAACCCUGUCAGAGCUCCACUUAACCUGUUAACAAGCAAUCUCAAUGUUGACAGCUGUUUACAGUUUUUCUAGCAGUCAUUUGACCUGGCAAUGGUAUUACUUAGUGUGAUAUGUUAAGAACUAUUUGCACUAGAAGGAAUCUUGGAGUACUUUCUUUAUCUCACUCUCACCAAUGCUCUCCGUACCCUGCUACAAUCCCCAGCUGUUUUCUGUUUUGGUUACAACGCCGUGGCUGUUAUCAUUUUGAAGCAACGCAAAGAAAAUGUGCCCCCCUAUCCACUCUAGACCGUGUACGUGUACGCAGGUUGAAAAAAAAAAAAAAGCCUCAGCAUUUAUUUCUUUUUUAAGUGAAGGGUACCCCGAGCCCAGUGCAAUAACCUCUCCUUAACGACACGCAGCUGUGAAAUGGCUGGGAAGGAGUGCAGCCCUGGGUUCAAAUACUGUUUCGAAAUCUAUCAAAUACUUUUAGCGUUUGCUUUAGCCUGCCUGGAAUGCCAGAUGGGCAGGGUUUCUGCAGGGUUUUUUGUUGCGACUAUUUCUAUUGGGUCCAUUCAAUCAAACCCAGAUAAGGUAUAUGAAUCCCAGGUCUGUGAAGGAGGGUUCUAGAGACUGGUGUUGGUUGGACUAAGUGGGAUUUAAACACUGUAUAAACCCCCCCCCCCCCAGUCAGUGGGCCUUAGGAACUGUAAUUAGGAGAAAAUUGAGACCAGAUUGUGCCGAGGUCAUACAGACUAUUCUAUCCUACCCUAGCGUGGUUAACCAAUCCACUUGCUGAGGGGUUUUGAUUUGAUACGAUAAUUUUUUUUCUAUGUAGAAAACAGUACUUCAGAGUUAGGCUGGAGUCUCUACAGAAAAAAAAAUAAAACGACAGUUUCAACUUCCAAUUGUCAGGAUUAUGCCUGUAGUCAUAGAAUGCAAUAGAACUCUGUUUUAUAUCCUAAAGUGAUUGGAUUAUCCAUUUAUAAUUGCGUUGGGCGGUAUCUAGAUUUUCCUAUUUUCAUACUGUCCUUCUCUCAUCCUGGGAUUUACCGGCUUCAGUGGUGGUCGGUGCCAUUUUAAGAUGAGGGCAUAUGACUGUCAUUCAUAUUCCAUUCACCCAGUUCAAUGUAACAUCGAUAGGUUUAGGCUACUACAUGAUACUCUAAUGUUCCCUAUACAGUGAGGGAAAAAAGUAUUUGAUCCCCUGCUGAUUUUGUACGUUUGCCCACUGACAAAGAAAUGAUCAGUCUAUAAUUUUAAUGGUAGGUUUAUUUGAACAGUGAGAGACAGAAUAACAACAACAAAAAUCCAGAAAAAACGUAUGUCAAAAAUGUUAUAAAUUGAUUUGCAUUAGAACCAUGAGCCUCCUAGGUUCUGUAUUGAAGUCAAUGUACCCAGAGGAGGACGGAAGCUAGCUGUCCUCCGGCUACACCAUGGUGCUACCCUACAGAGUGCUGUUGAGGCUACUGUAGACCUUCAUUGCAAAAUAAUGUGUUUUAAUCCAUUAUUUGGUGACGUUAUUAUAUUUAGUAUAGUUUUAUCUAAAAAGGAUAACUUUUUUAAUGUUUGGUAAUAAUUUUCUUUAUGAAAUUCACUGAGGAGGAUGGUCCUCCACUGACUGGCUUAGUACACAAGGGGCUCCAAAAAAACAUUAAAAAAAGCCCAUUGGGCGUCUAUUACCAGAAUGCUAACCAAAUUAGCACAAGUAAUAUCGAAUUUCCAUUGAGGCUGCUAGCCAAAUAUGCUAACGAGCGCAAACAAAAGUAAAUUAAUUGCAAAGACAGGCAAACCAGCUCAUAAACGUAUACAUUUUAUUGGUAGGAUCUACCGAAUGUCAUUUUUGGUGAGUUUGGACAUUUACAAGCGAAUGUGAAUGAGAGACAUUGUGCAAAUGAACAGCACUGGCUCCGGAGCAGCAUGUGUAUAGGCUGUGUCUGUGUGGAGUCUGGAGUCACUAGGGCAACGGGCCUGCCUGCUCUGCUUGGAGAAGAUGGGGGAGGAGCAGAACAGAGAGGAGAAAAAUAUAAGGAAGUCAAGAUGGCAGCUGUACAGAGUUCUCAAACAAAGCAGAAAGCCAACACUAUAUGAUCCCCCUUCACCUUAUUAAUUCAGCCACUUACUUAGAUAACUAGCAAGUUAAACUUAGUAGUCGCGUUAACACAAAAUUAUGUUUCUCACGCAGGAAAAAAAGAUAAAACGCAUAAGAAGUAUCUUGCUGCAUUUUGUAAACACAGGUCUAAAAUGCAAGAUUUAACUUUAAGCAAAACAUUAGGAAAUGUAGCUGGCUACAUUCUUUCUAUGAUAAACAUUAGAAAUAUGAUGGCCGUGCAUCGUAUUCGCUAAAAACAUCUUGCUUUUUCAUUGUAAACUCAUAGCGUUGCAAAUAGCGUUCCACUUCUGUUGUCAUCUGAUGAAAUUGAAGCUAUUUUUGGCCGAAUGUGUUGUACUAAUGUAUUGUCUGUGAAGGAACACUAUAGCAUGCCUCCUGUAGCUCAGUUGGUAGAGCAUGGCGCUUGCAACGCCAGGGUUGUGGGUUCGAUUCCCACGGGGAGGGGGCCAGUAUGAAAAAAGUAUGCACUCACUAACUGUAAGUCGCUCUGGAUAAGAGCGUCUGCUAAAAUGACUAAAAUGUAAAUGUAGUAGCUACAAAUAUUCAAAUUAAUUGAAAAACUUCAAAGAAAUAGUUUUGACGGUAUUAAAAAAACCAUCCCGUGGCUAUUUCCAAAUAACCUGGUAUACGGUAUAACACCCAAACCUAAUUUAUAAUAUAAUAAUAUAUAUAAAUAUAUGCCAUUUAGCAGACACUUUUAUCCAAGGUGACUUACAGUCAUGUACGCAUUACAUUGAAAGUAGUGGUUUAGGGAAACAUGCUAUCGUUGGCUCUAAAGUUAUAGUUUAUAUUUCUGUUGCAGUGUAGCUACAGUGGGGAGAACAAGUAUUUGAUACACUGCCGAUUUUGCAGGUUUUCCUACUUACAAAGCAGCAGUGUAUCAAAUACUUGUUCUCCCCACUGUAUGUCUACAUGAACAGGUCUAGUGAAGGAGCUGAGGGUUGUUUUCUCUCUCUGCUCUGCAUGCUGAAAACCCUGGCUAACAAGAAUCUCACAGGGAUAUGCUACUUCUCCCCCAAUUGUUGCAGUACUUCAGCGUCUCAUGCACUGCACUGUACAACCUACCAUUUCAGAGCUGGUUUAACUGUGCGCUUUCUGAAAUUGUAACAGUAUCUUGUUAGUUUAGAUUCCAAAUUGGUUGUGUUGUUUUUCCCAGAUUGUUUCAUUGCUUGGUGGGUAUCUAGAUUUCACAUCAUGCUGUUCCAAUAUCUUAACAAAUAACUACUGUCAAUUGUUAUCAGAUGAUGUGUUGCUGAGACAUAGUUUCACCACUAACCUAUAAUACAGUCUGUUCUAUCAGAUGGUGUGUUUCUGUAGUACUGUAAUUUUUCUUCCUCCGUAUGGCGUGUUUCAACUUUGGCAUGCUUCAUACCUCUCUCCCAGGUGGUAACCGACCAGUCCAGGUGAUCAUCACAGAGUCUGGUAACCAACCCAACUCCCACCCCAUCCAGUGGAACGCCCCGCCCUCCGCACACAUCACACAGUACAUACUCAAGUGGAGAGUGGUGAGUAGUCUAUAUUCUAGACUAGGGUACAUUCUAGACUAGGGUACAUUCUAGACUAGGGUACAUUCUAGACUAGGGUACAUUCUAGACUAGGGUACAUUCUAGACUAGGGUACAUUCUAGACUAGGGUAUAUUUUAGAGUCUGGUGGUUAAUAUACAUCAGAUGGGUGGCAGGUAGCUUAGUGGUUAAGAGCGUUGUGCCAGUAACCGAAAAUCCCCGAGCCGACUAGGUGAAAAAUCUGUCUGUGUGCCCUUAAGCAAGGCACUUAACCCUAAUUGCUCCUGUAAGUGGCUCUGGAUAAGAGCGUCUGCUAAAUGACUAAAACGUAAAUAAAUGAUAUAAGCAAAACUGAACUCUAAAGAAGUUUUACAUGCAGUUUGGAUUCCACAUAAUAAUAUUAUGGGCACCAGCUGUAGCACUGAAUUCUAGGGUUUGGUUGUUUCCUAGACAUAGAUUAAACCUGAAGGUCCUGAAGUUAAAAUCAGAUACUGAAUAAAAAAAACUGAAAAGAGAAUCUCCAUUGUCCAGGACUGGGUUAAAUAUGGCUGUAUCCACAUGCAGCCAAAUUCUGCUCUUUUGCCCAAAUAUUGGCAGAAGAGCUGAUCUGUUUGGUCAAAAGACCAAUUGGUGUUAAAACAAUCAGAAUUGGGUUCGGGAAACUGGCCCCUAAACUCAGUGAUGGAAAAGGUACCCAAUUUUCAUACUUGAGUAAAAGUAAAGAUACCUUAAUAGAAAAAGACUCAAGUAAAAGUGAAAGUCACCCAGUAAAAUACUACUUGAGUAAAAGUCUAAAAUUAUUUGGUUUUAAAUAUACUUAAGUAUCAAAAGUAAAUGUAAUUGCUAAAAUAUACUGAAGUAUCAAAAGUACAAGACCCCUUGACUUUUUCCACAUUUUGUUACGUUACAGCCUUAUUCUAAAAUUAAUUGAAUAGUUUUUUUCCCUCAUCAAUUUACACACAAUGUCCCAUAAUGACAAACAAAAAUAGAUUUUUAGGCAUUUUUGCAAAUUUAUUAAAAAUAAAAAACAGAAAUAUCACGUUUACAUAAGUAUUCAGACACUUUACUCAGUACUUUGUUGAAGCACCUUUGACAGCGAUUACAGCCUUGAGGCUUCUUGGGAAUGACACUACAAGCUUGGCACACCUGUAUUUGGGGAGUUUCUCCCAUUCUUCUCUGCAGAUCCUCUCAAGCUCUGUCAGGUUGGAUGGGGAGCGUUGCUGCACAGCUAUUUUCAGGUCUCUCCAGAGAUGUUCGAUCGGGUUCAAGUCCGGGCUCUGGCUGGGCCACUCAAGGACAUUCAGAGACGUGUCCCGAAGCCACUCCUGCGUUGUCUUGGCUGUGUGCUUAGGGUCGUUGUCCUGGUGGAAGGUGAACCUUUGCCCCCAGUCUGAGGUCCUGAGCGCUCUGGAGCAGGUUUUCAUCAAGGAUCUCUCUGUACUUUGCUCUGUUCAUCUUUCCCUCGAUCCUGACUAGUCUCCCAGUCCCUGCCACUGAAAAACAUCCACACAGCAUGUGAUGCUGCCACCACCAUGCUUCACCGUAGAGAUGGUGCCAAGUUUCUUCCAGAUGUGACGCUUGGCAUUCAGGCCAAAGAAUUCAAUAUUGGUUUCAUCAGACCAGAGAUUCUUGUUUCUCAUGGUCUGAUUGCCUUUUGGCAAACUCCAAACGGGCUGUCAUGUGCCUUUUACUGAGGAGUGGCUUCCGUCUGGCCACUACCAUAAAGGCCUGAUUGGUGGAGUGCUGCAGAGAUGGUUGUCCUUCUGGAAGGUUCUGCCAUCUCCACAGAGGAACUCUUGAGCUCUGUUAGAAUGACCAUCGGAUUCUUGGUCACCUCCCUGACCAAGGCCCUUCUCCCACGAAUACUCAGUUUGGCCGGGCGGCCAGAUCUAGGAAGAGUCUUGGUGGUUCCAAACUUCUUCCAUUUAAGAGUGAUGGAGGCCACUGUGUUCUUGGGGACCUUCAAUGCUGCAGACAUUUUUUGGUACCUUUCCCCAGAUCUGUGCCUCAACACAAUCCUGUCUCGGAGCUCUACGGACAAUUCCUUCGACCUCAUGGCUUGGUUCACUGUCAACUAUGGGACCUUAUAUAGACAGGUGUGUGCCUCUCCAAAUCAUGUCCAAUCAAUUUAAUUUACCACAGCUAGACUCCAAUCAAGUUGUAAAAACAUCUCAAGGAUGAUCAAUGGAAACAGGAUGCACCUGAGCUCAAUUUCAAGUCUCAUCGCAAAGGGUCUGAAUACUUAUGUACAUAAGGUAUUUCUGUUUUUUAUUUAUUUUGAAUACAUUUGCAAAAAUGUCUAAACCUGUUUUCGCUUUGUCAUUAUGGGCAAUUGUGUGUAGAUUGAUGAGUAAAAUAUUCUAUUUAAUCAAUUUUAGAAUAAGGCUGUAACGUAACAAAAUGUGGAAAAAGUCAAGGGGUCUGAAUAAUUUCAGAAUGCACUGUAAAUAAUUUCAAAUUCCUUAUAUUAAGCGGUCAGAGGAAAUGUAGAUCCAUUAGAAUUAUGAAAGAGGAGGCUACAUUGAUUCAGUCUUAACCUGACACUUCCUUCUGGCCUUUUCUGAGAGUGCGGCAGACAGAGAGAGAGUGGGGCAGACCGAGAGAGAGAGUGGGGCAGACCGAGAGAGAGAGUGGGGCAGACCGAGAGAGAGAGUGGGGCAGACCGUGAGAGAGAGUGAAAGUGAGACAGAGAGAGAGAGAUUCCUUAAUCAGACGACCACAUGUUCUAGUUUUUUUACUUCUGUACGGCAAUACCUUUCCUUUCCUCCUCUCUCCUCCUCCCCCCUCCUCCUUUCUCCCCCCUCCUCCUCCUCCUCUUCCUCCUCCUCCUCCUCCUACUCUCUCCUCCCCCCUCCCCUCGCCUCCUCCUCCCCCCUCGUCCUCUUCAUAAACCUUUGUUGACUGUUUUGCAGUGGUGGAAAAAUAACCCAAUUUGUCAUCCUUGAGUAAAAGUAAAGAUACCUUAAUAGAAAGUUACUAGAGUACAAGUGAAAGUCACCCAGUAAAAUACUACUGGAGUAAAAGUCUAAAAGUAUUUGGUUUUAAAUUUACUUUAGAAUCCAAAUUAAAUGUAAUUGCAAAAAUUAUACUUAAGUAUCAAAAGUAAAUGUGUAAAUAAUGUAAUAUUUGCUUAUUUUAAUCAAACCAGACAGUACAGUUUUCUUUUUAAAUGUAUGGAUAGCCAGGGGCACACUCCAACACUCAGACAGCAUUUACAGAUAGCCAGGGGCACACUCCAACACUCAGACAGCAUUUACAGAUAGCCAGGGGCACACUCCAACACUCAGACAGCAUUUACAGAUAGCCAGGGGCACACUCCAACACUCAGACAGCAUUUACAAACGAAGCAUGUGUGUUUAGUGAGUCUGCCAGUUCAGAGGCAGUAGGGAUGACCAGGGGAUGUUCUCUUGAUAAGUGUGUGAAUUAGACCGUUUUCAUGUCCCGCUAAGCAUUCAAAAUGUAAAGAGUACUUUUGGGUGUCAGGGAAAAUGUAUGGAGUAAAAAGUACAUGCUUUUCUUUAGGAAUGUAGUGAAGUAAAAGUUCUCAAAAAUAUAAGUACAGAUACCCCCAAAAAACGACUUAAGUAGUACUUUAAAGUAUUUUUACUUAAGUACUUUACACCACUGCCCAAACUAGCCCUGAAGAAGUUAACAUUUGUCUUUUAGUUGAUAUCAAUAUUAUAAUAUAGUGUAAAAUAUUAUCCCUCUGUCUCCUCUCUUGUCUGGUAGAAAAACACCCGUACUCCGUGGCGGGAGGUGAAUAUCCCGGGCCACCUCAACUCCUACACUAUCGCUGGCCUGAAGCCAGGCAUCACCUACGAGGGUCAGCUGAUCAGCGUGCUGCGCUUCGGACGCCGCGAGGUCACACGCUUCGACUUCACCACCACAUACGGUUCCCGUGAGUAUGACCGCAGUAUGACCACAGGCCCGUGGAUUCUGUCUCCUUGUUGAUAGUGUUAUUGAUAUUUUGGCCCGGGAAUCGGAUUCACACGAACACUGAUAAACUACCUGUGCACUGUGAUUGAUGUCCAAAGGUGAGUUCUUCUUCAGGAUGGCAUUGAGCAACAGCGAUAUUGAUAUCUGUGAACGUCUAGGAAAAUCGCCUUUUUUUAAAAGUCCAUCUCUGUGCACAGGUCAUUUAAUCCCGUUCCUAAGGUUUUAUCUUGACCAUCUGAUCUUUCUUUCAGUGGCCACCUCAGAAGGAGAGACCACCCAGCCACCUCCGGUGGUGGACAUCAGUGAGUCUGUUACAGAGAUCACCUCCAGCAGCUUCGUCAUCUCCUGGAUGUCUGCCUCUGACACCGUGUCUGGCUUCAGGAUCGAAUACGAGCUCAGCGAGGAGGGGCAGGAGAGAGGACAGCCCAUGAUCCUCGGUACGGAACAACCCACUGGGCACACACUGGUUGAAUCAACGUUGUUUCCACAUCAUUUCAAUUACAUUUAACCGACUUGGAAUAGACGUUGAAUUGACGUCUGUGCCCAGUGAGAAUACACUUUUUUUAUGCUAGACCAGUGAAAGGAAAUGUCCAACAAUGCAGUUUCAAGAAAAAUAAGUGUUAAGUAAAAAAUAAAUAAUAAUAAUAAUUAAAGAGCAGCUGUAAAAUAAAAUAACAGUAGGGAGGCUAUAUACAGGGGGUACCGGUACAGAGUCAAUGUGUGGGGGCACCGGUUAGUCGAGGUAAUUUAGGUAAUAUGUACAUGUGGGUAGAGUUAAAAUGACUAUGCAUAGAUAAUAAACAGAGAGUAGCAGCAAAUAGUCCGGGUAGCCAUGAUUAGCUGUUCAGGAGUCUUAUGGCUUGGGGGUAGAAGCUGUUGAGAAGUCUUUUGAACCUAGACUUGGCGCUCCGGUACCGCUUGCC